UAAAUUUCCCACGGCGGAGAUAAACAAUCUCCGACACUCUUUUCUUCAAUGCCGAUAGCUAAACCGAUCAACCAAAACACUACUGUUUCAUAUCCACCGCAACAUUACAGUAAACCACCUCUAGUCAUAAUCCUAACCGUGAUCCUCCUCGUCGUUUUCUUCAUCGGUUUCUUUGCUCUCUAUUUCUGCAAAUGCUUCUACCACACUCUCACCGAAGCUUGGAAUCACCAUUACCGCAAUGGAUUGCCCGAAAAUCAAGUCCAAGCACAACAAGAUCCCGCUCAACCACCGGUUAACCCUGGUCUAGAGCCACACAUCAUCCAAUCCUUCCCUUUGUUUCCAUUCUCAUCCGUCAAAGAUCUAAGGGAAGACAAAUACGGUCUCGAAUGCGCGAUUUGUCUUCUUGAAUUCGAAGAAGAACACAUCUUCCUACGACUCUUGACAACUUGUUACCAUGUCUUUCAUCAAGAAUGCAUCGAUCAAUGGCUUGAGUCUAACAAAACAUGCCCUGUAUGUCGUCGGAAUUUAGAUCCAAACGCGCCCGAAAACAUCAAAGAGUUGAUCAUCGAAGUCAUACAAGAAAACGCACAUGAAAAUCGCGAUCAAGAUCAAACGUCAACAUCAAACGAGGUUAUGUUGUCGAGACAAAGUAGUAGUAACAACGAGAGAAAGAUUGAGACGUUACCGGAUAAGUUCUCGAGAUCAAAAACAACGGGACAUUCAAUUGUGAGGAAUAAACCGGAGGAAGAAGAUCGGUAUACUUUGAGGUUACCGGAUCAUGUUAAGAUUAAGGUUACGAGAAGACAUAACAAUAAUCAAACAGAGAGUUGUAUUUCAUUUGGUGAGCUUAUGAGAAACAGAGGAGGCCGGUUUGGUGAAGUUUCUGGUCAAUCUCUUGUACCGGAAUCAUCAGGAAGUUAAAAGAGAAUUUACAAACUAUUUUCAAUUUAAUUAGUUCAUUUUGUUGUUUUUGUAUUUCUUAUUUAGAUAGGAUUUUAGAUAUAUUCAAAUGAAAAGUUGAAUAGUUC